UUUUAGAGUUCGCGGUCCCACCAAAGUUUGCGGCUCCUUUUGAUACUAUUUUGACGACUUCCAAUGUCUAUGUCGGCAGACUCGACAGCAUUGAGAUGGACGAAAGGUGUAUCUAGAUGAGCAGAUACAGCUGGAAAAGAAGAGACUGCUAUAAUAUUGUCUGGAAGGCCGGGCUGUCGAGUCAUCAGCUAGACGCAAUUAUUGACAACUAGUUAGCGAAGCUGAUUAUUUACAAAUAAGACUGCCAUUUUACAAAUUAUAUGACCAGAUAGGGCUAAUCUUGUCAGAAACUACAAUUAAAUAAGAGCAUUUGUCUUCAUCUCGGCGUCGCUCAAAUCGCUUCUAAUUUUAUUUAUUUUUUCUUUUUUAUAUCAACUUUGCCAGAGGGUGCAAACAGUGCAAACACAGAGCUCUCCAGAACUUUUUCUAGCUUUUCUUCGAUGCAAAACAAAAUCUCGACUUUCUUCACGCUUCGGCUCUCUUAAUUCGCUCCUUUUUCUUUUGCUAUUUUAUAGCUCUUGGAUGGGUUCUUCUUGCCGGUGAUUCUUCUCCUUGUGACGUGCCGCUCUCUUCUUUGGAUAUUGUGUUCUCGUUAUUUUUUUGGUUCAUGAAAAAUACCCUCCUCUAGAUACGGCGCCUAAUCUCGACUGCAAUGCUGUCUAGGUCGAUGAGACGGCCAAUUUGCUCCUACAUUUGUCAAUCAUGUCUGUCUAGAAGCAUUGCGCUCCCCUCUACCGCUAUACGCCGUCACAACCAUGCCACUUUCCCCACACAACCAGACGCAUCCUCCCAGUCCAACAGCAUCGAAGUAAAACCGAAUGAGAGUGGAAGCAAUGAAGGAUCAGGAGCAGAGAAAUCUUCUGGCGGUAAAAAGAAGGUAAAGGGGAAAGAGAAGGGGGACGUGAAUAAGGUGCGUUGCUAUAUAUCGCAUUUAUACCGUUAAUUUGGCCGUCCGGCAAGCUGACCUACAUAAUCUCCAGGCAAGCAAAUCUAGCAAAGAUGCACCAUCGACGCAGUCGGCCAAUACACAAAUUGCCCCGGAGGUAGAAGCGAAACCUGCCAAAACCCGAAAAUCAAAGUCGAAGGCACGGAAGAAAAAGGCUGCAGCGCAAGCCAAAAAUCUGGCUAAUCUGGCUGGCACCUCGGAUGAAAAUAUAAAGAACAUGAUUCUAAUUCAGCAAAAAUCGAAACUUCGACUGAAAAAGGUAUGUGAUGCUUCAUUUCUACCCAUUACAUUAGCCCCGUCUAACUACGUCUGCCUCAUUAGCUUCGACCCAGCAAAGUCAUAGCGGCCCUCAACCUCGCAGCACAGAAUGGGAAGUCAAAGCCUGGCAAAGCGACCAAGGGUAAUCUAGAUGAGUUUGCCCCAGUGAGGUCUGCAUCUCCAAAGCUCACAAGCGAGGUUACUCUUGGGGACAUUGAAAUACUCCGUGAGUCGUUUCCAUUCUAGCAUAUACGUUCUUAUCUAACAUUUUCCUUUGCUUUUCCUGUUUAGCUUUGAAUACGGAAUCGGAUGAUGUCCCCUCCCUAUCAUAUGGUUUGGACAGGGUAUUAUUCAAUCCUGGCGUUUAUCAGUUACAGGAUCCUAGAACGAUGGUUUAUAACUUUGACCCGUACCUACGCGAUAUAAUGCCCGUUUCCGAGUUUGACUUCAAAGCCUUGAACGACUACAUUACAUCGUCGAAAGAUACCGUUCUCAAGGACAAAGCAAUUGCGGCCGGCAAAAAAUACAUUGGAUCAUCAUCUAGCAUGACUGGUGUACUAUCACACUUCCAUUUCUUACUAUCCGAAUGGCGAGAGCUCGACACAUCUCAUUUGUCGAACUCUUUCCCGGCCACCUCGAAAACCUACACAAAGCUUUCUCGGCUCCCGGCAGUCGUUUUUCUGCGAUACAGAAACGGAGUCUAUGCUGUCGACGCUGAUAAAGAAUGGGACACAUCCAAUGUUUUGAUGGGACUAGGGAAGUCCAUGGAGAAAUUGCUCACCAUACCUAGAGACCAGUACGAACGUUACCGGAGGAAUAGCCCGGAUAAGAUACUGAAAGAGGACUCUCCCCCCGAGGUGUACCACUAUUCAACCUGUGGUGAUUUCUUGAUGAGAUCUCAACUUGAUGCAUAUGAUCCUCGUCUUCCCGGCACUGGGAUGUUUGAUCUGAAAACCCGUGCAGUAGUUUCAAUUCGCAUGGACGCAAGAGAGCCAUGGAAUGCUAUGGGAUACCAGAUAAAGACCCGCCUGGGAGACUUUGAGUCUUUUGAGCGCGAAUACUAUGACAUGAUGCGAUCUGCAUUCUUGAAGUAUCAUCUUCAGGUCCGUAUUGGCAGAAUGGAUGGGAUAUUUGUUGCUUUUCAUAAUAUCAAACGAAUAUUCGGAUUCCAGUACAUCAGCUUACCCGAGAUGGACAAGUGUAUCCAUGGUCAAGAGGAUACAGCCCUUGGUGAUGCAGAGUUUAAACUCAGUCUCAAUAUUUGGAAUAAAGUCAUAGACGUGGCUACUCAGACAUUUCCUAAGCAGUCACUGAGAUUUCAUUUUGAUACCCGGGAAACACAAAAUCCCUUUAUGUACAUUUUUGCCGAACCCAUGACAGAAGAUGAAAUAACGAAGAUCCAGGAAAGAAACCUCGAUGAGAUCCAGGCUUACGAGAAGAGGGUGUUCUACCCUGAGCUCCUUGAACCUCAGCAGAUGGAUUCCUCGAUUAGCGAAGCUGACAACCCCACCAAGCAAGAGCCAGAGUCGAAAGAAUCCGCCUCUGAGGAUGACAUAGAUCCUGAAAAGCCUUUACUUGCCAUGGCAUUGUCAAUUCGCAAUUUUGUCAACGGCAAGGAAGUGGACAGGCCCACCAUGUUCACUGCUAAGGAUACCUGGACUGUGAAAUAUCAGCUUGCCCAUUUUGGUAAGGAACGAGGAUGGACGCUGUAUAAUGCAUGCAAGAAACGGCGGUCGAGGUUCCUUGGGGCACUAGAGGACGAAGAAGCGCCGAACUCGGCCUUCAAAGAGAGAUUGAACGCUAUCAGUAAAGAGGGACAGAAAUGGAGAGACCAGAUGGAUAAAAUCGAGAAAGCAAAGGGAAUUAUUCAAUACCAAAGCUAG